AUGGAAAACUUUACCAUGGAGAUCACUACUCUACCAAAUCGAACAGAAGAUGACUUGAAUGUCACUGAACCAGCCACUACGAUUAAAUCAUUUUAUCCACCCGGCUACUUCGUCAUCCCAGCUGAAGCCGUGUUUAUCUACAGGAUGGUAAUGUACACGUCCAUCAUGCCGGUAACAGCCCUCAUUGGUCUUGUUGGAAACGCAAUCAGUUUUGUGGUCUUAUUACGUCACAAGAUGCGGGACACAACCAAGAUGGUUCUCCUCUCUCUAACUGUCUAUGACUUUCUACACCUCAUUGGAACGAUACUCUUCUCUCUGAUCGGAAUCUCCAUCGCUUUAGACUAUAAACCUGGACUUUAUAUCUCACGAAAAGCAUUUCCAUAUUUUGGAUCUUUUCUUAUGUCAGUUUUCGGUAGUACAUCAAAUUUACUGAUCGUAGUUAUGACGCUGGAGAGGUUGUGUGCUGUGUUGUUACCUUUAAAAGUUAAAUCACUUUGGACAAGGAAGACAAUGGGAGUUUCAAUAUUCAUCUGCAGUCUUCUGGUUGUAGCCUUAUAUCUUCCGAGUUCCCUGGAGUACGUGCCUACUGAGGUCCCUAUACCCAAUUCGACACAAAUGGCCACAGUUCUCAAAGUGUCGGAGGUAGGAAAGAACUUUGACUUCUAUUCUGCGCUUUAUAUCCUCAGAACGUCCCUCCUUCGCUUCACCCCCAUCGCCGUCGUCAUCAUCUGCAACAUCGCCAUCAUUGUGGGACUGUACCGCUCCAAGUCAACGCGCUCCCAGAUGACGGAUCAGAAUCGCGACGAGACGUCAGCAGAACAGCGCAUCACUCAGACAUUGUUGGGUCUGGCUCUCCUGUUCUUCUUCUGCAUGACACCAGGUGCACUUUUAAUCCUCAUACAACUCUUUGACUACGAAUACAGCUUCCCUAGAACUCGGAACAAUAUUUACAAGGUCGUCGGAAUAAUGUCAACUUGGCUUGAAAUUGUCAACUCCUCCGCUAACUUCAUCAUCUACAUCGUGGCCAGUCAGCCGUUGCGUGAAGAAUUCAGGCGUGUCAUUACAUGCUGUCCAAUAAAGAAACGAACAAGCCGGAAGUACACUGGAGACACAAGCGCAAGUGACACUAAGGUAUCCACGUUGUCUAUUGCGACAGUUUCGUAA